AUCACUCAGACUGCUGAAUGGAGAGAGCCGGUGCGACGGGAGAGUUGAGAUUUCCCUCCAUGGUGCGUGGGGCAGAGUGCUGGAUGACCAGUGGGACAUGAAUGAUGCCAACGUGGUGUGCAGGCAGCUCGAGUGCGGAGUCGCUGAGAAAGCUUAUAACCCCCCUAAGACCGAGCAAGGAACAGGCCCCGUGGGGCUGAGAAGGGUCCAGUGUGCAGGAAAUGAGACUAAUCUGACGCUCUGCAUCAUCUCCACAUCUGAGACAGAGCAGCCAGGAAUUGCUGAGGAUGUCGGCGUCGUUUGCUCAGGGAGCAGGAGGAUCAGACUGGUGAAUGGGGCAGGUCGCUGUGCCGGAAGAGUGGAGAUUUAUUACAAUGGCAGCUGGGGGACAGUCUGUGAUGAUUCCUGGGAUGUGUCAGACUCCAAUGUCAUUUGCAAGCAACUGGGAUGUGGACCCGCCAUCAAUGCAACUGUCUCUGCUCAUUAUGGGCAAGGAUCUGGGCAGAUCUGGCUGGAUGAUGUGAACUGCUCUGGGAACGAAUCCAAUCUCUGGGACUGUCCUUCCAGGGGCUGGGGCCAGCACAACUGCAGACACAAAGAGGAUGCCGGAGUUCUCUGCUCAGAAUUCACGGAUCUGAGACUGGUGAAUGGCAGAGACUGUGCUGGGCGACUGGAGGUUUUCUACAGUGGGACUUGGGGCAGUGUUUGCAACAGUCCUAUGGAUGCCAUCACCGUGGCACUUAUAUGCAAACACUUGGACUGUGGAGACAGAGGAACACUUUUGAAAGAGUUUACACAUGGAAGCGGCUCUGGCCCCACCUGGGUGGAUGGUGUUCGGUGCGAUAAGCAGCACAGCUCCCUUUGGCAAUGCCCGUCAGACCCUUGGAAACAACAAUCGUGUAGCAGAGGAGAAGAAACCCAUAUUGCUUGUGAAGGCUCCAGAAGACCCUUGGAUCCCUUCUCUGAGGCUGUGUACGAGGAGAUUGACUAUAACCUGAUGAGAGAGAAGCAGGAGAUGUUCAGUCGCUCAGCUGUCAAAUCCAUUGUGCAGCCUUCAGGACAAUAA